AUGUACGCCAUCACCCCGGGGCCCAAUACGCCGAAUGACCUGCUUGUUUCCAGCACGUCGACGGGCGAGUGCCCUGGUGUUUUGACCGGAGGCUCACUGCGAAAACUGCUCUCGACAAAUCCACCAAUGACCGCCUCUGGAUGGACUGAAAAUGCGGAGGCAGACAAUUCUUGGCAUGCGGGGGGUUCACUCCAGGAUGGCGGAGAUGGAGCAGUUCGAGAGGAGAACGGAGAAAUGAGAUGCUCGGCCCUCGUUCGCCCGACUUGCGAAGCCAGACGGAGUAUAUUGACCGGUGGGAUUGCAGGUCUUCUCACAAACCCUUUACUUCGCGUCUCAACCUCCUCCAGAAAAAGUCAGAGCUCAAGUGGCGGCUCCCGAUUUACCUCUCCUAGGGGUCCUUUGCGUGAUAGGAUCCCUCCGGUUCUCGUGCGAUGCGACCCAGUGGGGAUGCUGAUGGUUCAAUUGAUGCAAAGGCGCGACCGGAGCGCAUCCGGCGGAGUGGCCGGGGGUCGCUCCGAACAUGUCUUGCCGAGCAACACCCAACCUUGGGAUGCGUACGAAUCAGCGAUGCCAAUCGGCAAUGACAGUCGUGGGGCCGGCACUUGGAUCGCGGAUUUGGGAGGUGGAGCCGCGGGUGUCAUGGCCACCGUUGUUGGCGGAUGCGCUAUGAUUCCGAUCAUUGGUAUUCAAUUCGUGGCCGUCAGUUCUGAGAAAUACUAA